AUGGCAAAUAAUUAUGUAUUAAACGCAGCAGCAGAUGUUUUUGAACAAAUACUUAUUCUGGAAUUGGAAAAAAAAACCAAAAAACGUGAAUAUUGGGUUAGAAAAUGGAUAAGUAGAAGGAAUACUUUAGGUGCAUCAGGAACGUUACUAAAAGAGUUGCAUUUUGAAGAUCCUAGGUCGUAUUGUAACUUCCUUCGGGUUGAUUAUGACAUGUUCUAUGAACUCUUGCAAAAGGUUGGUCCUAUUAUACAAAGGCAAAAUACAACUAUGAGAACAGCAAUACCUGCAGCAAUAAAAUUGCAAGUAGUUCUUCGGUACUUAGCAUCUGGUGAUUCAAUAUCAUCUCUUCAAUAUUUAUAUAGAGUUCCAAAGAAUACUAUAAGCUGUUUCUUGGAAGAAGUUUUAGAUGCUAUAUCUUCUCAGUUAAAAGAAUUCAUACAAGUACCAAAAAAAAAAGCUGAGUGGGAAAUAAUAACUAAUGGAUUCAACAUGAAAUGGAAUUUUCCACAAUGUAUAGGUGCAAUUGACGGCAAGCAUAUAGUUAUAAAGGCCCCUAAACAUUCUGGUUCAUUAUAUUUCAAUUAUAAAAACCAAUUCAGCAUAGUUCUUCUUGCCUUGGUUGAUCAUGAUUACAAUUUUACAUGUUUAGAUAUAGGGAGCUAUGGUAGUGCUUCGGAUGGAGGAAUUUUUGGAAAAUCAGCUCUUAACACUGCAAUAAUACAGAAUCAGUUAGAUUUGCCAGAAAAUAGUGUAAUUCUGGGAGAUGAAGCUUUCCCGCUAAAAGAGUACCUAAUGAAACCAUUUCCCAGACGGCCUAACCAGCAUAUUAAGGAACGUGUUUACAACUAUAGACACUGUAGAGCACGAAGAAUUAGUGAAAAUGCAUUUGGUAUUUUGACGAAUCGUUUUCGAAUAUUUUCAAGAACAAUUGAUCUAGAGCCAAAUAAAGUAGUUAAAAUUGUAAAAGCAUGCUGUACUUUGCAUAAUUGGAUAAGAAAAAAAAACAAAUCCAAUUAUGGUAUAACUACUGACAUUGAAGAUGUUGUGAAUAAUACAGUAAAGUUGGGAUCAUGGCGAGAAGACCCAGCUCCAGGUGGUAUAAUAAAUUUGGCUCCAACAAGAGAUAGAAAUUUUAAUGAUGCUGCACGUCUAAAACGAAACCAGUUUGCUAAUUACUUCAUGGGCGAAGGUGAAGUUGAAUGGCAGUACAGAAUGGUAAAUAUGCAGGUCGUGUAG